AUAUCGAAUAUGUCAAAAUUAAACAUCGUACCUUUCAUUAAACAUUUUCGAAAAUCUCUGCGGGAUUUCACAUCAGCAGUUUCACACGCAAUGGACGACAUUUCAUCGAAGGAAUCCAGCGAAUAUUACUUCUAUUCUUAUACGAAAUUUAAUAAUAAUGACUGCUAUAAUUCAAAAACUGAAGAGUGUAAGGAUGAAAUUACACAUUUCACAUCGCGGUUAUGUAAAAUCGACAUCCCUGAAGAAAAUAAUGAUCCGAUUGAUUUGUUUGCUAGCUGGUUGAAAGAAGCACAGGACCGGACUUCAUUUUUACAUGCACAUACGAUGAACUUGGCUACAAUCUCAGAAAGUGGACGAAUUAGUAGCCGUAAUGUGGUUUUGACAGAUCUAUGCGAUGGCGGAUUUCAUUUCUCUUCAUCGAAGUUUUCAAGAAAAAGCAAAGAUAUUCUGACACAUCCACAAGUAGCCCUGACAUUCAUAUGGUUCUACACAGUCGACAAUCUACGCAUAUCAAGACAAGUACGUGUUGAAGGCUGUGCGAUCAAAAAAGAUACCAAUUACGCUCGCGAAGCAUUCGCCAACGCGAGCAUCGAGAAUAGAUUUCGAAGUUGCCUCUGUCGUCAAAGCUGUAAAGUAGACUGGCACGUCCUCAAGAAGCGACACGAUAACUUCCUCCAAAGCGUACAAGAAAAUCGAGUUCAGUUGCAAAUGCCAACUCAUGUUGAGGCAUUUCAAGUAAUCCCGGAAAGUAUCGAAUUCUAUCAUAACCUCAACGACGCUACGAUAUCAUCAGCUACCAUUCCAGAUCGAGUGUUGUUCACCAGAAUAGAUACGGAUAAGUGGAACUGCGUUCAUUUAGAAAGUUAAACAACUAAAUUGUUACAUUUUUAUGCAUUAUUAUAACAUAAUUAGUUUAAUCAUUGUGUAUUGACUUGUAAAAAGUGUAGGAAGGUAAAAUGGCUGCUGCUGUUUCAACUUUGUACAAAAUUGAAGUGCAAGAUGGCGCUAGACCUUUGGAUUUGUUUCGGGAAUGGUUUAAUGAUGCCAAAGAAGAAUUUGGAGAAUUCCAUGCGAGUGUCAUGAAUAUAGCAACAGUGUCUAAGGAUGGGACCGUGAGUAAUAGGUCGGUAGUGAUGAAAAAACUCACUGAUGAUGGUUUUAUGUUUAAUACAACCCGAAAUAGCCGCAAACAUGAGGAUAUUCAAACACAUCCACAGGUAUCUUUGUGUUUCUUUUGGGUUACAACUAUAAAUGGACAAAAACAUACCAAACAAGUUAGAAUUGAAGGUGUGGCUAAAGAAAUGCCAAUGGAGUUUACCCGUGCAAGUUUUCGCACUUGGUCCAUGCGUACAAAAGUUCGUUACGGUUUCAGCAAACAAGGAAAUGAAAUUGAUUGGGAUGAAUUAAAGAAACGACAUGACGAAUACGUUAAACACCUCAGUGAUGCUAAAGAAGACUCUAUUGAUAUGCCAGCUGAAGUAGUUUAUUACACUGUUAUUCCUCAUCGCGUGGAAUAUUACGGCAGUAAAAUGGAUCCCAUAACAAUCGGCGAUCGUGUUUUAUUUAGACUCAGCGAUAACGUUUGGAAUUUCGUUCAUAUCGAGGCGUAAUAUUAACAAACAAAUUAAAAAACAUCAUGCUGAGUGUUAAAUAUAAAUUCUACAAGUAAAACAUUUGUACUUGUGAGUUUUCAAGAAAGUUUUGAGUUAAAUAUUGCAACAGGUACGAAAUAAACGUUAAAAUAUUUCCAAAAUCAA